AUGGAUAAAGAUACAAAGAUAUGGUUAUCAGAUAAAGUAUUUGAUAUACUUGAAUAUAGAGAAGCUAAUUUGGUAGAUUACAUCUAUGCACUAUCUAAAAAGUCAAAUGGUGAUGUUACAAAAUUGAUGGACAAGUUAAAGGAUAAUGACUUUCCAAUCAAUGAUAAAACAAGAUCACUUGCUCAAGAAUUGAUUAAACGUACAACUCCUACUUCUAGUUCAACAUCAUCUUCCUCGUCAUCAUCUGCAACUGGAAAGGUUACAAUGUUUGGAACAGCUGGUAUUACAUUACAAUCAACUAAAAACAUUGUAUCAUCAACAUCAAAAGAAAAAGAAGCAAUGGAUUAUCUUAGAAAGAAUAAAACUUUUAAAUUGGUACAAAAUAAUAAUAACAAUGAUGAUCAAAGUAGUAGUAGUAGUAGUGAUGAAGAGGAAAGAAAAAGAAAAAAGAAAGAGAAAAAAGAAAAAAAGGAAAAGGAAAAGGAAAGAGAAAAGGAACAUACUACUACUACUUCUACUUCUUCUUCAAAGAGUAAAGAAAAAAUAACAAGAAAGAGUUCUUCUACUGGAUGGGAAGAUGAUGAUAAUGAUGAUGAUUCGACGACGACGACGACGGUCAAUGUACAAAAACAAAAAGAUAUAACAUCAUCAUCAAAAUCAAAAAAAGAAGAAGAACUAGAACGAGAAGAGGAAGAUGAAUAUGAAAGAGAACAAAGAGAAAUUCAAGAAUAUAAUGAAAGAUUAAGAAAACGUGAUGAACGUAAUACAAAGAAAAUUGAACCAAAAGAAUCAAAAGAAUCAGAGCGACGAAAACGUUUAGAACAAGAACAAGAUACUUUGGAUAAAGAACGUAUUCAAUCAAGAAGAAAAUUUUUAGUUGGAGAAGAACAAAAAAGAUUAAUAUUAUUAAAAAGAGAAUUGGAAGAUGAAUAUGAAUUAUUCAAGAAUGAAAAAUUGACUAAAAAAGAGAUUGAAGAUUUUGAAAGAAAGAAAAAAUUGUAUGAAAUUGCAAGUCAGCGAAUCAACGAUGUAGUGGUAGACGACUAUUAUCGAAUGCCAUCAUCAGAGUUUAAUCAAGAUGGAAAGAUUGAUAGAAAGAAUAGAGAAAUGGAUUUAUUAAAACCUCGUUGGGAAACUGAUAAACAAGGAUCUUCGACAUCUUAUAAUCCAGAACAAAAAGAAUGGGAAGCAAAUAGAUUGGCAAUGGCAAUGGAAGAACCACGUGGAAGUAGAAAACAACCACAAGAAGAGGAAUAUGAAUAUGUAUUUGAAGAUCAAAUACAGUUUAUUAAAGAGUCGGUUAUCACUGGUAAAGAUGAUGCUGCCAAUUUAUUGGGUGUUUUACCUGGUUCUGCUGCUGCAGACCCACAAGUAACUAAAAAAAUGUCUAUCGCAGAGACACGUAAAUCACUGCCAGUAUUUCCAUAUCGAGAGGAUUUAUUGGCUGCAGUGGAAGAAUACCAAAUCCUUAUUAUAGUCGGUGAGACUGGGUCUGGAAAGACUACACAAAUCCCACAAUAUUUACACGAAGCUGGAUACACUAAACGUGGUAAAGUUGGAUGUACACAACCUCGUCGUGUUGCUGCUAUGAGUGUGGCAGCACGUGUUGCAGAAGAGAUUGGAUGUAAAUUGGGUCACGAGGUUGGUUAUUCCAUCCGUUUCGAAGAUUGUACAUCUGACAAGACCAAGUUACAGUACAUGACUGAUGGUAUGUUGGUAAGAGAGUUUCUCACUUCACCUGACCUCGCCAGUUACAGUUGUCUCAUUAUCGAUGAAGCUCACGAACGUACUCUACACACUGACAUUUUAUUCGGUCUCAUCAAGGAUAUUGCAAGGUUUAGACCCGACCUCAAACUAUUGAUUAGUAGUGCUACUCUGGAUGCUGAUCGUUUUUCAGAAUACUUUGACGAUGCUCCUAUUUUCAAUAUACCAGGACGUCGUUUUGAAGUAGUACCUCAUUAUACGCAGGCACCAGAGGCAGAUUAUCUAGAGGCAAGUGUUGUCACUGUUCUCCAGAUUCACGUCACUGAACCAUUGGGAGACAUUUUAGUCUUUUUAACUGGUCAAGAAGAGGUUGAUGCAGCUGCCGAACUAUUACAACAACGUACAAGAGGACUUGGAUCGAAAAUCAAAGAAUUGGUUAUUACUAGAAUCUAUUCUACACUGCCAACCGAUUUACAGGCAAAGAUUUUCGAACCAACUCCACCUGGUGCUAGAAAGGUCGUGUUGGCAACUAAUAUUGCAGAGACGUCGCUGACGAUUGAUGGUAUUGUCUAUGUCAUUGAUCCAGGGUUUUGUAAACAAAAAAAUUACAAUCCUAGAACCGGUAUGGAGUCACUUGUCAUUACGCCAGUCUCGAAAGCAUCAGCCAACCAGAGAAAGGGACGUGCUGGACGUGUCGCACCAGGUAAAUGCUUCCGUCUAUUUACAGCAUGGGCAUACGAGAAUGAACUAGAGGAAAAUACAAUACCAGAGAUUCAACGAACCAACCUUGGUAACGUAGUACUGAUGUUAAAGUCAAUGGGAAUUAACGAUCUCGUCAACUUUGAUUUUAUGGAUCCUCCACCUCCCGAAACUCUCAUCAAGGCGUUGGAGCAGCUCUAUGCACUCGGUGCACUCAAUGACCGUGGACAAUUGACCAAACUCGGUCGUCGUAUGGCAGAGUUUCCACUUGACCCUCAACUAAGCAAGAUGAUCCUCGCAUCUGAAAAGUAUAAAGUGACAGAGGAGAUUUUGACAGUGGCUGCCAUGUUGUCGGUCAACAAUACCAUUUUCUAUCGUCCCAAGGAUAAAGCAUUCCAAGCCGAUGCCGCCAGAAAGAACUUUUCACAUCCUCAGGGUGACCAUCUCACCCUACUCAACGUCUACAACCAGUGGCGUGAAGCCGGCUACUCUGUACAAUGGUGCUACGAAAAUUUUAUCCAAAACAGAUCAAUGAAACGUGCACAAGACGUCAGAGAACAACUCGUAGGACUCAUGGAACGAGUAGAGAUUAACGUUGAAUCGAAUCCAGACGACUCUGAAUCUAUUAGAAAAUCAAUUGCAUCUGGAUUCUUUUAUCACACUGCCAAACUCGAUAGAACUGGUCUCUAUCGUACCACCAAAUACAAUCAAAGCGUCCAAAUCCAUCCAUCGAGCUCAAUGUUUCAAACUACACCCAAAUGGGUCAUCUACCAUGAACUCGUACAAACGACAAAGGAAUUUAUGCGCCAGGUCAUUGAAAUUCAACCUCAAUGGCUCGUUGAAAUUGCUCCUCAUUUCUACAAGGAAAAGGAUAUUAUAGAAAAUCAAAAACUUCCAAAAUCUAUUGGUAGAUCUCAAAUUAAUAAAUAA